AUGGGAGCUGAAUCAUGGAUUCUCAACCAAAUUCGCAAGGCCCGCAAGCAAUUUACAGUGCCGAUAUUGAAUGUUAAAUAUCUGCAGUCUUUUUCAGAAAUCAAUAAGAUUGAAUCGACUGCACCAUUCAUUUCUUCAGUCUUCAUUCGAUCCGACUACUUCAUCUUUCGCUCGGGAAUGACCAUGGCAACUAGGCGCGCUGCUCUCUCCUUGAGGAGAUUUUCCACUCAAUCAAGCUCGCAGGGAUCAAACGAAUUGACUUCUCCUUCUUCGUCAUCUGGUGGUGUACUUUCAAAAUGGCUGGACCGGGUCUACAAGGUUUGGUACGAAAGGUCAGGGAUGCGUGAGAUUUAUCAGCUCAAGGAGAAGGUGGACAAAUCAUCGAUUGAAUUUGAUGAGAUACAACGACAAGUCGUCCAAGCUCGAAACGAAUUGAGUGCCGCUCUCCAAGCUUGGGAGGAGUCUCAGGGUCAGCAUACUCAGCUGUUGCAAACUCGCGACAAAUGGACACCAGAACAUGCCCAAAAAUUUGCCAGCUUGGUCCAGGCUGAAGUGACUGUACGAGGCGACUUGGAAGAGGCAAAGAAGAAUCUUAGCAAGCGGGAAUCCCAACAAGCCAGUGCUCAAAUGGAGUACAUGAACGAUCUUCGAAAAAGAUAUCACGAAGAGCAGAUCUGGCAAGACAAAUGGAGAGUUCUAUCGACAUUCGGAACAUGGGGAUUGAUUGUACUGAACUCGAUCGUGUUUUUAGGGUCUCAGUACAUGAAUCAAUUGCGAGAGUCACGAAGGAUGAAGGAUAUCCAAUCGUUGCUGGAGGAAUCCUUAUCGACAAAUUCUUCUACUUUGCAAGCAAUGAAAGAGCAACAGGAAAAGCAUCAAGAACAUCAAAAUAAGACGUUUGGACAGGCCCCAAACCAGAAGGAUUAUGCUAAUGGAACGCCGCGGGCAAUUUUGGAACCAUCUGGAGUGGAAGACGAGAGUCAUCAAGGAGCUGAAGUGGUCUCAGCAGCAGAAGACACCACUUCUGGACUGAUUGACAGGAUUAAGCGCAAGGUACCAGCAGCGUCAACCUGGAAAGAAAAAGUUGGAAUUUUGUAUACCGAGACCUCCUCGACGAUACAUGCACAAGCAGCAACUGUAAAUGCUCCUUCGGCAAUUUUGGGCGCAUCUGUGACUGUUGUGGCAUGGGUGGCUUCCGUUGCGCUUGCCAACCGAAGAUCUGGUCAAUGA